UCAACACUUCGCAUCGCAGACAUGCGGAUUGCUGCGCUUGUUGCUUUGCUGGCCGCUGUACUGCCGUCGGCGCUGGGCGUGCCGGCGCACCAGCUGCCCCUCGCCGCGCCUCUCGCGCCUGCGCCUGCGCCGCCCGUGUGGCCGGCCGAGGAGGGCGUGGGCCACUUCAGCGAGUGGUCCAAGGCGCAGAAGCGCCAGUUCGUCACCGAUGUCGUGGCCGGAAAGGCCGACGAGUGGGUGCUCGUCAUGGGCAACGAGGGUGGAGACCUCGACAGCAUGACGGCUGCCCUCACCUGGGCCUACCAUCUCUCGCACAACAACGAGGCGGGCAACCGCACGAUUGCGCUGCUGCAGACGCCGCGCGACGCCCUCGACCUGCGGCCGGAGAACAAGCUGGCACUGCGCAACGUGCUCAUGUCGCCCGGCCACCGCGACCUGCUCACCAUCGACGAGCUGCCCGUGCCGCCGCGCGAGCUGGCCAAGCAGAUCAAGGGCAUCGUGCUCGUCGACCACCCGGCGCCGCUGAGCGACUGGGAGGAGGCAAAGGUGGAGGCCAUCUUCGACCACCACCUCGACCGCGGCGCCGCGCCUGACGCACGCCCGCGCAUCUUCGAGCCUGUGGCUAGCUGCACGACGAUCGUGGCGCGCCAGAUGCUCGAUGAGCUCGAGGCGCGCAAGGAGGGCGAGUACCACGUGCCGCACGAGGUCGUCGAGCUGAUCCUCGACGCGAUCGCGAUCGACAGCAAGGGCCUGACGAACAGCCAGCCGGCGGACAAGUUCACGGCCGAGCGGCUGCUGCGCCGCAGCAACUGGCGGGACGAGAAGCUGUACACCGUCAUGGCGCGCCUUGACGACGAGCUGUCGGCGGCCAAGAAGGCGCUCGACGAGCUGGGCGUGCGCGACUUGUUGCGGCGCGACUGGAAGGGCGACCUUGUCAAGACGGCCGACGGCACGCCUGACGUGCACGUCGGCUUUGCCUCGGUGCCGCUGAGCCUCGAGGACCAGGUGGAGCGCACGCUGUACAACACGACGGACGCGUGGUUCGGCGUGCUCGACGGCUUCUCCAACGAGAUCGGCGUCGACGUGACGAUCUCGCUGCAUUCGUACAAGAGUAAGCGACACGAGGAUGGCCAUCCCAAGGGCGGUGAUGUGCUGCGCAGCAAGAAGAUCAAGGUGCGCGAGAUGGUGCUCGCCGUGCGCCCGACGGACAACGUCAGCGACGCGCAGGCCACGCAGCUCUUCGACCUCGUCAGCAAGACGCUCGAGGAGAGCCCGUUCCUCGACGCCGAGCGCUGGGCCGACUACAAGUCGCUCAAGCCGCGCCAGAUGAUCUGGGUGCACCACUCGCCCAACGGCGGCCGCAAGCUCGUGCGGCCCAUCGUCGAGUCUGCCAUCGCCGGCUGGAAGGACUCUCUAGCCGCCUAGGCUGGGCCUUGUGCCCGUUCUCGGGGCUCGUGGCCCCUUGUACAUUGCACGCCCGCGCACUCGGAAUCCUACACAUGUCAUCGCGA